CCAGAGGAAACAGACCCAAAUAGUGCGCUGAGGAGGUUUUGUUUGUGUACAAAACGCAGCCAUUGCGGACACAGGCCGCCGUUAAUUCCUGCAGUGAGGAGAAACCGCUGCUAGGCUUUUAUUCGCGGAGCUGUGGAAGUAGGUCCUCCAGCCUGGGUGCCCUCCGCCGUCCUCCUUUUCUCCCCCUCUCUCUUUUUCUCCUCCCAUCCCCCACUCCCUCUCUCUCUCUCUGUGAAUGUCGAUGUCACACCAGCGGCUCUGCUCACGAACACGAACCCGAAAAGUGCAGAAGCGAGGCGGGGAGGGGGAGAAAAACCAUCACCUUCACCGAGCGGAGCUAACGGUAACUACGGCAACUACAGCCCGGCCUGAGGAGAAAACCGUCAAAACCGUUAAAAAGGGAUUUUUGGAUUUGCACACGCUUUUCCACUCCACCUACACUAGCCCCCUCAGAACAUGGCAAGUGGGCACCCCAUUGACAAAUUUGCUUUCUUAUACCCACCAGAAAGCUCUCAGAACUUGAAGAGUAAGGGCCGAGCAACUACCGGUAUGAAUCCUGUCUACGGUCCUGUGCAGCCAGGCGCUGCGUACGCAAACCCGAAGAACGUGGCGUACCCAGGCUAUCCUGCAGGUUAUCCCACCACAGCUCCUGCGUACACUCCCAACGUCUACCAGACAGGCACCCCGGGAUACCCGCCAGGAUACACAACAGGAGCGCCAUACAAGGUCCCCCCAACACAAACCAAUGGAGCCCCACCUCCUUAUUCGGCAUCCCCCAACCCCUACUCCACGGCCAUGUACCCCAUCAGAAGUGCCUACCCCCAACAGAACCUCUACACUCAGGGUGCUUACUACUCGCAGCCGAUGUUUGCGCAGCCGCACGUAAUCCAUCAUACCACAGUGGUGCAGCCCAACAGCCUGCCUUCGGCCAUUUACCCCGCUCCAGUCCCCGCCGCUCGCCCCAACAACGUGACGAUGGGCAUGCUCACCGGCUCCACUAUGGCCAUGUCUGCAGGACCUCUGCUGACCACACCGCAGCACACACAACACAUCGGCACCCACCCAGUUACCGUGCCAACGUACAGGCCGCAAGGGACGCCCGGCUACAGCUAUGUGCCUCCGCACUGGUAGAGCUGCCAGUCCACUGCAUAUCUGGAGUCCAGCAUCGUUCACAGUUCCAGUCUUACGUGGAUGCAGCAGUCCGCACUGGGGCACUGAGUCCUUCUGCAAGUACAAAUACUGAAAGAGCAACGGUCACUUUAUGUGUUCUUGGUG